AUGGCUACCCAGGACUUCGCCGGUGACCCCAGAUUCACCGUGUUCAUUCGCCUGCCGUUCCCGCGAGGCGACUUCGUUGAUCCACCACCGGUGAACUGGGAUGCCGGUAAUGAUAGAAUAUUAUGGGAUGUUCUCUCUGUAGCCCCCAAAGAAGGGGUAGACUUGGCUUCUAGCGCCGAGAAGUUCAAUGUCACCCUUCCAUUCUUGCUCCAACAUGUUGCCUGGCUAUAUGAUCGGCGCCUGUCUCAAGUAAGGGCGCAGUUUCGGAGAGUCGGGCACCAGAACCCCCUUUCCGGGCAGGCUACAUCUGCCGGUGGCGGUACUCCAGGUGGCAGUGUGCCCAUGUAUAGAUCUGGUAGUGACGGAUCUCGCAUACAAUCUAGGCUGUUCGCGCUUCAGCGAGACAUAUCAGCAGCUAAGGCAGAUAGCAGCAGCCCGCAGACUCCAAAUAUAUCCCAGGCCCCGAAUUUUCCCCGUCCAACCCCGAUUAGAAACCAUUCGUCUGGAGAUGCCGUGAUCACACUACCGAAACCAUAUAGGCGAAGCUCGGGCGAAGUGCCUCAGUUAAGAGGAAGAGGAGAGCCAAAAACGAAUGCCCUACCACCUUUGUCUCCACGGGGGGACGAAGACAGCCCUGAACCUUUAUCCUCAUCAAGUUCAAGCUCAGACUCCGACGAAGACUCCAACCGGCCGCAAUAUAGACGGUAUGGGAAAUUCUCCAUGGUCCAGAAACGAGCACCCCCAAAGAACGAGGAGGAAGACGACGAGGAGGACUCUCCUGCUUUUCUCCCACUUGAAUCUAUACAUGAGACCGGGAAAGCUGCAUCCCUUGGUGACCCCGCAGCAACGUUACGCGAAACGCCCGAUCAUAUCAAACAUCAAAGUCGACAAGUAUCGGGCGCCGCCACGCCGCCGGCAAAGGCAAAGCAAGAACUGCCAUCAUCCACAACUAGCUCUAGUUCUGGCAUGGCAGCAGCAUCACCUGCCAACGGGCCGUCCGCAUCCCGCCGCCCCGCCGCCCCAGUCGGACCCUUAAGCCCACGGCGAACUGCAGAGCUAGCCGGACGGAGUCCUCAUGGACGUGGUAGCGAAGGCACUCCUAGUAUGGGAAGCAGUUUUAGCGAUUUGGAUGAUGCUAGUGUUUCCCAGUCUGCAUUAGAAGAAGCUCUCUUGAGUAAUAUGCGUAGUGGUGUUACCAGCCGGAUGAGUACUAUCAGCCAGGCUCUACGUAGCAGAUACCUCUAA